AUGAUCGUCACAUAUUCAGCAAGCAAUGAACUGCGGCUCUACCGUGCCAUGCUCAAAUGGGAAGGCACACCAGUUGAUUCCAAUACUCAACGACCAAACAAUUCCAUUGCGGUGCCGAGUGUGCAGUUGGCUCACAUCGAGGUUGAAGUUCCAGCUGUUGUACCAUCACCGUCAACAUAUGUCAUAGGGAACGAAGACAACAUCACCAACAAUGCAAAUGGACUGUUUGCACUUACGCACCUGCAAGUAGUGGCCUGUCCGGUGGAUGCUCCUGGUGGGCAAACCGCACCAAUGAUACUAGCCGUGUUUUCCUGUCUAUUACACAAUAUCCACGGGCGGUCUCACCUACAACAUCCCAGUGUCAUUGCUAGGUGGGAGCUUCGUUCGGUCAACCAAAAUCUUCACAAGAGUUUUGAUGAUAUAGUAUCGAAAAAGCCUCGAAAUCCACUUCUGCCAAGUACCGAGCUGAAUAGACAGGCGGAUACAUAUUUUGACAGACAUAUAGUUUCCAUUGACUACAUGGAGACCGGGAAUAUCUUUGCUAUUACCACCGAUGAUGGCAAUAUAGCAUUUUAUGACGCAAAGGCCUUUACUCCUUUAUCUGGCGUUGAGGAUAUCGAAACUGUUACAAGCCUGCCACAAUCUGGCUUUACCUUUCCUGCUGCAAUUUCUCCGAGUGUUCAUAUUUCAUUUUCACCAAGUGGCUGCAUUGCAGCAUCUCUUGAUGAAAAAUCACAUGUCCAGAUGCGUGUGAUGGAGCAUUCUUUUGGUCUUGAGCAAGAUGGUUUGUUUAAUGAUGGAAAAUUCAUGAGUGCACUGGCUGCUCUCACCAUGGCUUAUUGCAGAGCUUGCAGCAGCGACAGUAAUAAUGAUGAUAUACUAAUGAUUGUUAUUCAGCAGCUCAACCAAGAUUCUCACAAGAAAUUCAUAGAUGAAGUAUAUCGAGCUUUGUCAAUGAACGUUACUGUCGAGCAAGACAAGCUCAUGAAUAACCCAUAUAUCCUGAAAUGCUUCAGUAUGCAGGCUGCACUUGGGUUUAAGAACCGACUUGAGCGCCGUAACCUUGCAGCUGCUGUUCCAUGGCUGACUCUACAGCUUCGACAAAUAUCCAUCCUACUCACCUAUAUACUACAUUUCAAUAAAGCUGGUGCUGAUGUUGAGUGUUAUGAUCCUGAAACAUUACGAAUAACAUUGGGAAAUGUGAAGUGGGCUCUCGACUUGGCUAAAUACAUUGUCGAUGACCUAUUCGAGAUUUCUGAUAAUCUAAACAGCCAGUCUAGCAGCCAAGAUUCAGGGUCAUCAUCAGGGAAAUUAUAUGAGUCACUCUCGACAAUCCUCAUUAUCUCAAGCAUUCCACGCUCAUUCCUCAGAUAUAUAUGCCGCGGUCUCCGUGGCCUCACUAAUGGAUUCAGGAAUGCAAUGAAUCUGAGCAAUGAAUCCUAUCAAAUCUAUUCUCAAAUAGUGACAGUGAUCACAGAAUCUGCUCUGAAAGUAGAUGUAUAUGAGAAGCUUCUUGCAACUGUUGAAUCUGAUGUUAAACAUGCCUAUCAAAACGCGGGUUUCAACAACGCAGACCGCGCAGCCCCUGAGCGAGACCUACUUAUCAAUGGCAGUAUACCACCCGUUUUACAGCCUGCGGUGACUGCAAUCCUUACCAAGACGGUUCCCAUGAUACGGAAUGAAGCCAACCCCAUGUAUUUGUUUUUACAAGACUACAGCUGGCUGGGUGUUGGUGACGACAAGAGAGCGGAUCUAUUCAGACACAAGUACGAAAUCGAUAUUCUUCGAAAAGUGUUAAUACCUCUAGAUGAAUCCAGGGGUGCUGUACGGCCAAGCCGAAGGUGUGUUCGAUGCUGUGCAAUAUCAGAGGAAAUUCCACCGAAGUCUAUGGCAGCCGUGAAGAUGCUGAUGAGAACCGCUGUUCUCCGAGCCUGUACUUGUGGUGGAAUGUGGUCUAUGAGCAAUGCUAGCAACCUAAGAGGCUCUACUACUUUGCCUGGAUGGAGACAGCCGGGGUAA